GUGGGUCAGGUGAUGUGUGGAGAGGCGUGAGAGUCUUGGCUUCCCGGAAGAAGAGAAUAGAUGCCGAGAGAGGACUCGAGUGUAACUAGGCGGUUACCUUGGUGCAGGUCUUAAAGAUGCAUUUGUUCCUGCUUCUCUCCUUUUUCCUGGUAACCUGCUAUGGGGAAUACCAAGAUGAUGACUGGAUUGAUCCCAGAGACAUGCUGAAUUUUGAUGCAGCUGCUGGCAGAAUGAAGCCCCAUAAACAGUACCACACAGGAAAGACUGCUCUGAAUGAAGAUUCUAAUGAACAAGCUCAAGGCUCUUGCCAGUCAGAUCACUUGGAUUGUAAGACUGACGCUAAUAAUUGGAAGCAAAAGGAUGGCAUAGAAGAUUUUUCUGAAAAAGAGGUAACUGAAAUGAAAGAUGAGGCUAUGUACCAGGAGUGUAAAGAGAAUGUGGAUACUCUGAAAAAAGAGAUUGAGGAGUGGCAAAAGAAAGGGGAAAUUCCUCAGAAUACCUGUAACCCUGUGUUCCGACGUUUUUUAAACAGGAUUAUAAAUGAGGCACGACCUCUUGGACUACCAGAUGAAUCCCAGCCUGAGGUCCAUUACGAUGCACAGCUGGUACUUACAAAGCAGAUGGUUGCAGAAUUCCUGAGAUUUCUCGAAGAUACUAAUUGGAAUGCUGGUCCUCUUGAUGAAGCUUUGGGUGAGACCUUGGUCAGAUUCAGACAUCACAAUGAAGAAGAAUGGAGCUGGAAGUUUGAGGACUACCUAGGAAUUGAUCCUUUCAGUGCAUUCAUGAUUUCCUUAAGUCUUCUUUGCAUUGUGAUGGUAGUAGCCACAGAACUAUGGACCCAUGUCGGCUGGUUUACGCAGAUAAGGAGACUGUUCGCUCUGUGUUUUUUGGUUAGCAUUGCCUGGAACUGGAUGUUUUUGUACAGGGAUGCAUUUGCCGAACGACAGGCGACAUUAGCAAAAAUAGGAAAUGAGAACAGCUGUGGCAAGAAGAUGACUUGGUCGGAAAAUUUGUUUGACUGGUGGAAAAGUUCUUCAUCUUUCCAGAAUGAUCCAUGUGAGGAGUAUUUUAAAGCUUUAAUGGUAAACCCAAUACUUCUGGUCCCACCAACCAAAGCUUUUGCUGUCACUUUCACCAACUUCAUAACAGAACCCUUAAAGCAUAUUGGGAAAGGGCUGGGAGAGUUCUUUCAUGCUUUGUUAGCAGAGAUGCCCUUGUUUUACCAGCCAUUCGUAUUAAUUAUUAUAGCAGCUCUUUUUCUGGUAUUUUGUUACGGGGUUGGCACAAAUGUGCAUCAUAUGAAUCUGUUACCGAGAAAUCGUUAUGAAGAAAGAGAGAGACUGCUUCCUCCAAAUCCCCAGAGAGAGAGAUAUGAUCGGUCUAUUGAAGGUGGGAAUGAUCGCGUCUACAAUAAUCCACAGCCAAUCCAACCACGCAAUGUUGACAAUAACAGAGAUGUUAGAAAUAGUAGACCAGAGGCCCUGCCCCCUGUGGAUUGCACAGAUUUCAGUAAUAGCCAGCCAAAGUUUAUAGAAUCCAUCUCUGCUAGUGAGCAACCACAAAGGAAACAAUUGGCUCUAGAAAGAGGAAUCGAUGGCCAACAUAUAAGGGAUGAGUCUUCUGGACAACUGCAGGAAAAAGAUGAUUCUUUAGACCAGAGACCUCCAAGUCAACCGCCAGUAAAGGAACUUCUGGAAGAGAGCCCUCUUGGAUCCCAGGAUCAGUGGGAAGAAUCUAUAAAAGACAACAAACCUCUUGAUAAAAUAUCAAAUAUUCACCAAGAUUUCUCUGGCAGUCAUGCUGAAAGUAAAGAAAAUCAGUUACCAGAUGGGGAAACAGAAAACAAAAGCCAGUCCACUGGAAAAGUCAAAGAAAGAAAAGAAUCUACAGAGGAAGAAAAUGGUCAGCUGCUAAUAAAAAGAGAUGGACCCCAAGACCAAGUCGGAAACAGUCACCUAAUUGUGGAAGAUAUAUAUACAGAUCCUGAGGAACAGGCAGAAUCUCUCAGUUUUGUGGUAAUUGAAAAAGAAAGGUUACAAGAUUAGAUGUCGGUAAAGCAAACAAUGACAUCAUGAGAGCAAAACACUGUGACACCAAAAAAUCAAGAUUCUAAUAUGGUUAAGUAGCACUUGGUGAAGGAAUAAAUGGCUUGAACCUUGGGUUUCUUUCAGUUCACAGGUCCACUUGCUGAACUAUUUUUUAUGUGGCUCUUUCUAGCCAUAACCUGGAAUGUUUCAUAUUAAAGCGGAUUUUUUUUUGUGCUACAGACCACAGGGUAAUCUCUGUAAAUGGAACACCAACAUCUGUGUAAUCCUGAGUUUCCAACCCAUGAUGUGUUUAUAGCAGAUACUAGAUGAAAUUAUCCAGUUAAAAUAGCCAUCCGAUGUGUAACCUCUGCAUUCUGUCCCCCUUCUGGUAACUGAUGGAGAGUCCCGCUUCUUUGACUGGCAGUUGGGUGGUGCACUAUUUUUUAUUGAUUUUUUAUUCAUUAAAAAUGUGUUUUAUCUGAGCUGUGCAGUGUGAUCUGUUUCUGCCACUUUCAGCCAGAAAAACCUUACCAUAGGUUUUCAUAUUUUUUAUUUUUUUUAAAUCUAGUAACUUUUAUUGAAACAAAAGCACAAGGCAUUACAAUGUACAGGUAGUCGGGCACCCAGCCUUCAAUAGCGAGAAGGUUAUUAUCUUUAAUCUAUUACACAAUAGAAGUCUUGUGCAAAAUAAUUAAAAUUCCUAUUUUGUUUUAAGAUUUUUGUACUUUAAUCUAUGUUUGCUCACAUAAAUAUCAAUGCACAUGUAA